CAGGCGCAGGGGUGCUCGGACUAGUCCACAGGGACCAGAACGAAGGGGUGUUACUCAGGGCAGCGCCCGGCAAACAAUGUAACCAGGGCUGGGGCUCGUUGCCCAGAGGCUCGCAUAACAUUGCAUCUGAGAAAUGGAAAAUGACAUUUAUCAAGUUUAUGAAGAUGAAAUUCAUUCUCUGGAAGAAGAAAUUGAAAUGCUAACUCAAAAGUUUGAAAAUAAUGAACAAGAAUCUACGUUUUAUUCUGAUGAAGAGAUACAAGUAUCAGGAAAAUCACACCAAGGAGAUUCUAAAUGGCAUGAAUCUCCACCAGAUCUGAAACCUGAACUUGAAUGUUUAAAAUCUGACCUUUCUUUUUUAAUGAAAUUUACUGGCAUUUGGUUCACAAACUACUCCAAGGAAACAGUGGAAAAAACUGGAAACAAAAUUAUACAGAAGCACAGAUUAUCAGGAAAUUGCUGUUCACUGCCUUUUCAGAUGGAAUUUCAACUUCUAGAAAUACAGGAUGAUGAAAGUAUACCUGCUGUUGUUACUGACCUCAGCAUUAUAAUGGAAUGUGGUGAAUAUUCGGAUUUAAGCAAGUUUGUGUCUUGUGCUGAAGAACAAGGAAGCCUUUUGCAAUUUUUCAGAAGCCUGUCAUUCUUUGCUGAGUGGUAUGAACAUCGCAAAUGCACCUUCCAACAUUUUAAGCAUCUAAUUCCCUCAUGGUGGAAGCUGCACAACAAAAAUCCAGAAAGCAACAAUACCGGUCUACUCCAUCGGACCACGAUAACAAAAGGCUUGAUGCAUUUGGGUGCAAGAUAUAUGUCUUCUACUUUACAAUUUUGCAUUUUGAAUUACGCAGCUUUAUUGAACAAAUACGAUUACAGAAAUUAUCCCAAACUGAAUGAUUUUGUUGCAGGUAUUCCUGAGGCUAAGAGGCAGCAGAACAAAGCACUGGUAUCCGAGGGUCACACAAUUGCUAGAACAGCAUUAUAAGCCGCCUUAGAUGCUGCCGAUAUGGCUGCACAUUUUUCAGCAACAGCAUUAGUAAUGAGAAGGGCAUCACGGUUUAGCUCCACUCCGUUCCCCAGAGAGAUUCAAUCUACAGUGGAAGAUCUGCCUUUUGACGGUCAGGAGUUGUUUGUAGCUAACACCAUCGAAAUUGUCCACUCCAUGAAAGAUUCCAGAGCUACGCUUCAGUCUUUGGGGAUCCACAACCAAGCACCUAGAAUAAGGCAAUAUAGGUAUCAGCCCUACUGAGACCUUGAUACUCUCCAUAUGCACAACUUUUCAAUAGACAAGACCAAUAACGAUGGGGCAGAGGCAGAAACCAAUAGUGCCGUCUUCUCCCAACAGUUGCAGCAGUCCAAUAAGUAAAUUUGAUUAUCAGGCCGAAUGUCUGGAGAGCCUCUCACCCUUCUUCAACAACUGGCAAUGUAUAACCUCUGAUAGAUGGGUCCUGCAGAUAAUUGAAAAAGGCUACCUUAUUCCCUUUGUGUCCAUACUCCCUCUCUAUCCCCCUUCCUCGUCUCUUUUCAGGGACCACUCUCACGAGAUCUUUCUUCAACAAGAAGUAGAGCAUUUCUUACACAUAAGGGUGAUUGAGCCAGUCCCCAUGCAAUAUGGGAGCAAGGGGUUCUACUCCCAUUACUUCUUGACUGAAAAAAGGUUCGGAGGUUGGAGGCCCAUUCUAGACCUUUGAGCCCUCAAAUAAAUUUGUUCAGAAACAAAAAUUCAGGCUGGUAAUGCUUGCUACCAUAUUACCGGCAUUGGAACAGGAUGAUUGGGUCUUGUCCCUCGACUUGCAAGAUGCAUAUUUUCACAUUACCAUCCACACUGCACACAGGCAGUUUUCUUCGUUUCAUUGUAGAUUCUGAACACUACCAAUAUAAGGUGCUUCCAUUCGGACUUUCUGCAGCCCCAAGGGUCUUUUCAAAAGUGCUGGCAGUUGUCCCAGCAUACCUUAGCAAACAGAGUUAUCAUAUUUCCUCAUCUAGAUGACUGCCUCCUCAAGCUCAUGCAACAAUUCUUGCUACUCUCUGUUAGUCACAAGACACCUAUUCUGAUACCAUAGCCUUCAGGUGAACAAAACCAAAUCGAUGCGCACUCCUACACAAAAGAUACAGUUUAUAGGAGCAUGCCUCGACUCGACAACACUCACCACAUACCUACUUACAGACCGUUUUCAAAAAAUUGUGACCUUGGUUAAAUACCUUACGAUUCAGCCCCCGCACAACAGCACUCGAAUGCCUUCAGCUGUUGGGACACAUGGCGGUGUGUAACUUCAUAGUCAACAAUAUGCUGCAAAUGAGAUGUUUACAUAUCUGGCUGGGAUAGGUGUACAAACCCAAUGUCCAUCCGCUAUCCAAAUCCCUAGCCCUUCCAGGGAUAAUAAAGGAAUUCUUACACUGAUAGCUAAGCCCACAGGACCUUUGUUUUGGAGUCCCUUUCCACCCACCAGAACCAGCCGUUUCCAUGACAACAGAUGCAUCUCAUACAGGAUGGGGCGCCCACUUACGACAUCAUACCUGCCAG